AUGUCCUCAGCAGCACUUGUUCAUAUUGAUGCAUCAGAUAGAAGGCCCUCUUUUUUUCGGCAGAAAAUAGCCCACCAAAGGGCCAUCGAGGCAGAUGAAAAUAUUCGGUUUUUGAUGAAAACAAGUAUUGCAGGGGGUAUUUCAGGAUGCAUGGCAAAAACUGUUAUUGCACCACUUGAUCGAGUAAAAAUUUUGUUUCAGACGGCAAAUCCGCAUUAUUUGGAAUAUUCAAGGAUGAGAUUUGGAUUUCUUCUUGCAGGGAAAAGUAUAUGGAAGGAAGAGGGGAUCAGAGGUCUGUUUCAGGGUCAUUCGGUCACUUUGAUUCGUGUUUUUCCGUAUGCUGCAAUCAAAUUUCUCAGCUAUGAAAAAUACCGAAAUAUGUUAAUUCCUAAUUCAAAAAAGGACACAAAUGUGCGUCGGUUUGUUUCUGGAUCUCUUGCUGGAGUGACUUCUGUUUUGUUUACGUAUCCUUUAGAGGUCAUACGGGUUCGUUUAGCAUUUGAAAUUAACCCCAAAGAACGUUCAUCAUUUAGAGGGAUAUGUAAGCGUAUUUUUAGCGGGUCAAAUCCUCCUACUAUGGUUAUACAGGCACCCUACUUGCUGCCUAUAAUACCACAAAAAUUCAUUUGGGAUUCAUUUAACACUGUUGUUGGAUUUCUUAACUUUUAUAGAGGUUUUAUGCCAACGCUUUUGGGGAUUCUUCCUUAUGCAGGCGUUUCUUUUUGUACACAUGACUUUAUUACCGAUUUAUUUCGAAAGAAAAAGUUUGAAAAGUAUACAGUAGUUGAUCAAAAUCCAAACAAGGUUCUUUCAAAUACAGAAUAUAUGUCAAGAGGUUCGAAUAGUGGGCAUGGUAGUUCACGCCAUAAACGAGCACCUCUUAAAGUGUGGGCAGAGCUUACUGCUGGUGGAUUGGCUGGUUUAUUUUCUCAAACUGUUGCAUACCCACUAGAAGUUAUUCGCCGAAAAAUGCAGGUUUCUGACGCUAUUGAUAUUAAUACAAGGAGGGGGAUAUGUGCAACUGCUCUUGAAAUAUGGAAAACAUCAGGCUAUAGAGGUUUUUUUGUUGGAUUAACUAUAAGUUAUGUCAAAGCCAUUCCUAUGAUAUCUUCUUCCUUCUUUAUCUAUGAACGACUUAUGCACUUUCUUGUUUCUUAA